AAUGGUACCAAAACCAAAAGAGAAAAGUAAUGGAGGUGAAGGAACAACAACAGGAGUUAUAGAAGAAUUGGCACAUUUACGUUACGUAGUUAACAUUGCUAAUGAACGUAUUGAAAAACUUGAACAAAAAUUAAUUUAUAAUUCUAACGAGUCAAAAGAUAAUUCUAAACGAAAUGAGUCAUUAAGAAUGAUACUUAUAGGACCUCCAGGAGCAGGUAAAGGAACCCAAGCACCAAAGAUCAAAGAAAGAUAUUGUAUUUGUCAUUUAGCAACAGGUGAUAUGUUACGCUCACAAGUAGCAGCAAAAACUAAACUUGGAGUAGAAGCUAAGAAAAUUAUGGAUUCCGGGGGUUUAGUUUCAGAUGAAAUUAUGGUUGGAAUGAUUGAAGAUGAAUUAAAAAAAAACCCUGAAUGUAAAAAUGGAACUGUGCCACAAGCUACAAAACUUGAUGAAAUGCUUAAGAAAGAUAAUAAAAAAUUAGAUAAUGCAGUUGAAUUGGUCAUUGAUGAUAAUUUGUUAGUGUCAAGAAUCGUUGGUAGAUUGAUCCAUACUGCUAGUGGUAGAACUUAUCACAGAAUUUUCAAAGAUGAUGUUACAGGUGAACCGUUAAUUCAACGUAGUGAUGAUAAUGAAGCAACUUUAAAGAAAAGAUUAGCAACAUAUCACCAACAGACUACUCCAGUGGUUAAUUAUUAUAAAGCAAAGGGUAUUUGGUCAGCAGUUGAUGCCUCUCAGAGUCCUAAUGUAGUUUGGCAAAGUUUAUUAGCAAUUUUUGAAAAUAAAAAAUAA